AUGACCGAUCGCCGCCGUCGCCCGGCAACCCUCAGCGUGUCUCGUCUCGUCAGCAGGACCUUUGCCGGAAGUGAAGCAGCAAAUCCCCGCCGGCUCCUUUUCAGCGAACAGAGACAGCCCAUUCCAACGGGUUUCACCGUUGACUUCGAGCAGCCAUCUCCCCGUCGGCUUCUUUUCCGAGCAGCAGCAGCCCCGUCGUCCGGCAGCGAGCAGCUGACGACUUACGAGCACCAGCGACUGGCUUCCUUUUCAACGAGCAGUGGCCGGGCAGCAGCUAAACCGAGUCCUUUCUUGUUCUGUUUCUACCCUGGAAGAGUUUCGGCCUGCAGACCCCAGCCGCUGACCGCCGUGUUCCGGCCAGGACGCAAAGCUCACGAAUCCGUGCCGUUGUCCAUUUCUGCAGCAGCUUUGCUUUCGGUUUUGUGCAGUUUCCAUUUCGACAUUGUAACAUACAAGUUGCUUCUUGGAGUCUUUGCCGACGUGCAAAUGGAAGUUCGAAUAGGAAAUUUCAUGAUACAACUUGUACUUAUAUUUCUUAUCACCAUUGGAUCUACGAGUUAUGGACAGACGGAUUACCUGGACCGAUACAUAGCAAAGAGUUAUUUCGAACAAUAUGAUACUUUAGUAAAAGAAGAAUUCAACAGUUUCAUAGCAAAUGAAAUUCCACUUGGAUUGUCCCGCGUAAUUGAAGAUAAAAACUACAUUUUGCCCAAACUGUCCAGUCUACAUCGACUCGUAAUUGGUGAAGGCUCUCAUCGUCAUUUGUCCACUUCUCUCAGAUUUAAGUUGCAACGUAAACUUAAAUCCCAUUUGACUGCACAGUCUUGUGAAGUCAUAAUCAUUGAAAGACUGCCUUCCGGAGUCUUUGCAGAUCCUUUUGAGCUGCAGCAUCUUGUCGAACGUGGUGUGUUCACUGAUGCAGCCGUAUUUGGUGACAAAAAUUUAGAAUUACCCUCAUUUCGCUCAAAUCAAUCGGUCGUCGAGAUACACAUGAGCAUAGCUUCUAAAGUACUGUCAAAAACCGAGGAUGAUUCAGAAGUCAACUUGGAACUUCCUUUACAUGCACGAUAUCAGCCUUUAGGACAUGGCUUCUCGAGGGUCGAGUUUGGGCAACCCGAUGUGUUUAUCUGCUGCGGCCUUAAGCUUAAGGUGCCUGAUAUGAACUGUAUGCCCUUUCCUAUUAGCGAUAUGCUGCAGAAUAACUGUAGCCCCGUUAUUUGGGAAAUACCGUGUGGGUCCCAUGAACAUGCAGGGCUUGUAUCUGCUGUUACUUUUGGAUUCGCAAUUGUUGCUGCUAUGAUUAUUGUCUUGGUGUCCGUUUGUUAUUCGGAUGGUCGAACAUCGAACAAACCAAAACUAUCUUGA